AUGCUGACCGCCAUGGAUGAAUUGUUUGACCUGGAUUUGGCCUUGACGAUGCCCGAAGGCCCCGAAAAGUCAACUACCGACGGCGUAUCCGUGGUCAACCAAAUGCCGACGGUGGUUAUGGGGAGCGGCCGUGACUGUACGGUUUGUUUGGAGAGGUUGGGCUCGGGCAAGAAACUCCACUGCGGCCAUGUUUUCCAUGAAAUUUGCAUUUCUCAGUGGCUCUCCGCCCAUAAUUCAUGCCCCGUGUGCCGCCGGAAACUCGAAAGUUAUCCGGCAACUGAGUAG